AUGUCCAUUAACCUCGAAGAGCCAGUCAUCUUUGCCCCAGAGACUUACCAGUAUACCAAGGGCCACUUGAACGAGAGCGAAGUGGAUAGUGAUCCUCUCAAGCAGUUCCACGUAUGGUUCAAACAAGCCCAGAACGAGUUGCCCACGGGCUCCGACAUCAUUCCUGAAUCGACGACGUUCUCGACUGCCAGGUUGCCCUCCGGCAGGGUUUCGUCAAGAGUGGUGUUGAUGAAAGAAUUGGACCAUUUGGGAUUCAUUGUGUACUCCAACUGGGAAACAUCCAAGAAGAACGCUGACUACGAAAGCAACAAGUACGCCUCGUUGACGUUCUUCUGGCCACACGUGCAGAGACAGGUCAGAGUCGAGGGCUUGAUGGAAAAGGUCGAUAGACAAACCACGUUGAGAUACUUCAAUACCAGGCCACGGGGAUCCAAGAUCGGAGCAUGGACUUCGCCACAAUCGCAGGCAAUCAAGUGCAGGGCAGACUUGAACAAGAUCAACAACGAGUACGUCGAGAAGUUCAAGGACUUGAAGGACGACGACAUUCCCUGUCCUGAAAACUGGGGAGGAAUGAGAAUCGUUCCGUUAGAGAUCGAGUUCUGGCAGGGGGGCUUAAGUAGACUUCACGAUAGAAUUACCUACAAGAGAGAGAGCAUCGAAGAGCAGAAAUGGGAGACAUCUCGUCUUGCCCCAUAG